AUGGACGACCAGACCUCGAUACUCAAAACUCAGCUCUACUCCGCCUGCGAAGAUGCCUGCAGAGAUAAUCCCGAGAAGUUUUUCUCUCAGGAGGACCUAAUGGCGCUCGACGUCGUUCCGCCUAAAGAUGUCAAGAAACUCCUACAAAUCAUACAACUUCUGACGCGGGAGCGCCUUUUCGUCCCCGUCCACUUCCACAGUGGCCUAGCAUGGCGACUCCGUCCAGAGGCCGAGGCGGCCAAGUAUAAGCACCUCACCUCCGAGGACCAGGUUCUAGUUUACGAAAUUAUCGACUCGGCCGGUGCCGAGGGCGCAUGGCAGCAGGACAUAAAGAAGCGCCUUAACCUCCAAGACAAUGCCUUGCGAAAAGCGCUUAAGGAGCUGGAGACCAAGCGCUUCAUCCAGCAGUUCACCACCGUCGAGAACAUGUCCAAGAAGAUGUGGAUCAAGUUUAACAUGCAGCCUUCUGCCCGCGCAACAGGCGGCCCUUGGUACACUGAUCAAUAUCUCGACGAGGCCUUCAUCGACACCUUGCAGGCUGUGGUGGUGCGCAUUAUAAAGGAUAGGGGUAGCUAUCGAAGUACGGGAGAACGAGGCGUUCGAAGCGUGAGCCCAGUCUUGCCAAAGAAGGGCGUAAUAAGAGGUGGGUUAUCCGAGGCCGCGAUAAAGAGCAAAAAACGUUCCGCAGACGCAAUGUCUAAAGAUGACAAUACACGCCAUAUACCUCCCGCAUCUAAGGUCCGCGGGGCCCUCCGCCUCCCUCUACCUGCAGGUUAUAUGGGCUACCCCACGGCCGAGGAGAUUACGGCAGAAAUCGUCUCUAUGCACAUAGCCAAAGGACAGCCGCUGAAGACAGAACACGUUCAGGAGCUUAUCGACAUUCUCAUCUGGGAGAACAGGAUCGAGGAGGUCAAGACUGGUGACCGAGUUGGCUACAGGGCCGUGCGUGUGUCUAAGCAACAUCCGGACAUGGUCAAGCUAGACAGCGAAGAUUUCUGGGAUCCAAGAACUAAUGGCUUGACAACCGUGCCUUGCGGCAAAUGCCCUGUCUUUGAACUGUGCGAAGAAGGUGGUCCUGUAUGGGCGGGAGGGUGCGAAUAUUUUGACAAAUGGUUAUUAUAA